AUGGCUUUACGCCUACUCCCGUUCGCUCCUGCUGCCAAUAUGUCGCGCUCCCUCCUUUCCGAAACGGCUCCUGUCUCCGGAUUCACUCGGUUCCUUAAACCCAUCGCAACCAGCGCUCUCCUACAACCCGUCUCAAUUUCCCUCAACAUCCCGGGAAUUCUGACUGAUCUGUGGGAAUCUGUCCUGCGCGCCGUCCCCAAAAAGAAAACCUCCCACAUGAAGAAGCGUCAUCGCCAAAUGGCCGGCAAGGCGCUUAAGGAUACGACCAACCUCGUCAAAUGCCCUGGCUGUGGCCAAAUCAAGCGUGCCCAUCUUUUGUGCCCACACUGUGUCAAAGAUAUCAAGGAGUCGUGGAAGGCCCUGGAGACCGCAUGA